UCAGCAUCUUCCUCUGAUCGUCCAAUCAGCAGCUUCCUCUGAUCGUCCAAUCAGCAGCUUCCUCUGAUCGUCCAAUCAGCAGCCUCCUCUUCUCUGUGGCUGCAGGGGCUGAUGGGAGCUCUGGUUCCUCUGCUAGAAACCACGUGGCCCUGGUCUGAUCUCUCAGCUCGUCCUUGUUUGGCCUCAGCUGCAUCAGAGCUCCACUUCUCCCCAGGUUCACCAGAGGAAACUCCACUGCACACAAUGCUUUUCCUCCCAGCUGCUGCUCUGUGCUGGCUGGGUUCAGCGCUGGCUGCCAUGGCAACAAGGCCAAUUCAAAUUUCUACUCUGACCAGGAGAUCCGGUCAGAACGUCUCCAUCAGCUGUAGAGGAACUGAUUACUUUGAGUCGGAUUUUAUAUUUUGGUAUCAAAAGAAACAAUCAGACAAACUCAGAAUUAUUCUAAGUAUUAACAAGUUAUAUGGUGACAUAAAUCUCAGCUACAAUCACACUCAGAAAGAGGAUUUUUCAGUAAAGAUAUUUCCUAACGGCUGCGAUUUGGAGAUUGAAAAAGUUCAACUCAAUCAUUCAGCCUCCUACUACUGCAGCUGUUUGAAAGUUGGUUCCCACAGUGAUCCGGUAGUGCAGCCCGUGGUGAGCGUGUACCCAGCAGCAUCCAGCGCCCAGCGGGACAGGAAGGGCUUCCUGCUGUGUCUGGCCUCAGACUCUGAGGUUUUUGUAUCAGAGGGUUUCGCUGUGGGAGGAUCAGGAGGAUCCAGUGAGUCCAAGUACCUCGUCUUUGGGACUGGAACCAAACUUUAUGUCACAGACUCUUCAGAUGCCAGAAAGCGGAAGGACCCUGAGGUGAGCCUGUACUCCGCGGUUUCCGGUCUGCAGCCGGACCGGAAGGAGCCGCUGCUAUGCGUCGCUUCAGGAAUGUUUCCGCCGGUGAUCCGGUUCACCUGGAAAAGGAAGAAGGAGGACGGGAAGGAGGAGGUUCUUCCUGCUGGAGCGGAGCAGCUGGAGAUCAGAGAGUCGGAUCGUUUCUCCUCCAUCAGGAUGGUGGAUCCGGAUCCUCAGCACACCUACGAGUACCGCUGCUCCGUCCAACAUGAAGGGGGCGCUAAAGAGUCACGCUCACAAAAAGUGGCCCCUCGCCCCGCCGGCCCUCCGCCCCCCACUGAAUCUCUGGGCUUCAGCCAGCAGCUCCUCUUCCUCAUCUACUCGCUGCUCAUUGCCAAGAGUCUGCUCUACUUCUGCGGCCUCUCCCUGAUCAGCGUCUGUGGAACCAGCAGAGCCGACUGAUGGUCCCCAGUUUGUCCUGCAGCUUCAGACAUGAAUGUAAAACUUCAGGAUUUUCUGUUCAGACUGGAUCGUAAACAUGAAAACGCUUCUAUAUGCUGCAUUUCUAUACUGUUCAUCCAGCAGGAGAUAAAAACAUCAUUAAUAUUUUAGGAAUGUGAAGGUUCUCUUCAUCUUUUGAGGCAUCGCCAUUUAUUGAAAUGUUGCAUAUUUCUGCUUUGUUUACAUUUAAUGUUUUUAUUGCAAAGAAUUUAUUUUAUUUUAUUCUUUACCCAGUUUAUGAAUGUUUUCUGCUUCUGCCAGCUGAACCUCUUUACUCAAAUUAAAUCAGAAUAUAUUUUAUCUUUAUCAGUUUGAAUGUAAGGUGAUUUUCUGUAUUCCAUAUAUUUGAUGAAAUAAGAUUUAAUUAAUAAAGAAUUUGAUUCAACUCA